AUGUCAACGCCGAGUCCUCAGCGCCUGGUGGCAGCUGCUCAACAGACCCUGGGCACGGGAAGGAGACGGGGCCCUCCCAGAGCCGUCUGCCUUCAUCUCGCUGGAGAGGUGCUGGCUGUGGCCAGGGGACUGAAGCCAGCUCUGCUGUUUGAGUGCAGCUCUGCAGGGGCCGCUGAGCUCCAGAGCUACCUGGAGGAGCUGCGGGGCCUGGGCUUCCCGACCCAGGGACUGCACGUCCUCGAGAUUGCAGAGAACAGCCUAAUUGUCCAUCCUGAGCAUGUGUGUCGGCACUUGGAGCAGGUGCUGCUUGGGAGCAUAGUGUUUGUGGAUGUUUCUGGCUCUCAACCUCACCCUUCCACCUGCUCCCUGGACCAGCUGCAGGAUUUGAAGGCCUCUGUGGCGGAGAUCAUCACACACUUGCAGGGGCUGCAGAGGGACCGAUCCCUGUCAGUCUCCUGCAGCAGGCUGUGUUCCUCGGCCUGGAAUCUCUGUACUGUGUUUGGAAUCCUCCUGGGCUAUCCUGUCCCCUAUACUUUUGAUGUGAACCAAGGAGAGGACAACUGUUUAGCCCAGACUCCACUACGAGUGUUCACUGCCCGGAUCUCAUGGCUAUGCUGUCAGCCACCAGUCUUGCUGUAUUCCUUUAGUGUGCCAGAGAGCCUGUUCCUGUCCUUGAGGGACAUUCUAAAUACUUGGGAGAAGGACCUUAGAGCUCGAUGUAGGACUCAAAAUGACUUUGCUGACCUCAGCAUCUCCUCUGAGAUAGUCACACUGCCGGCCGUGGCCCUCUGA